ACACAUUCUUCUCUUUUAAAAUUUAGAAAGCAAAUUAUGUUUGGUGUGAACUGUGUCGUCGGACGUUUUGAAAUGGGCAAAGACCCAUCGGCUCUCCGUAGUUAAGGUCAAUGGAUAAAGCGUCGUUGUCGGAGAAGGGGUCAGAGAGAUUUCCUUCCCCACCCCCCACCCCCUUCCAAUAAAAAGGGUUUAACAUUCCUGGAAAUUUCCGUCCCUCUUAUUAUUGUUUAUCUUUCUUUUUGCUAACUCCGUGCUCUUUUAUAUAAUGUGGAUUAGCUACUUCUUCCUUGUUAGUAAUUUCUUGCUGAUUGUUGGAACUAUUAAAUUCAUUUUCCAUGGCUUACCCAUACGAAUCCAUUAAAAAAUGGAAAUAUGAUACCUUCUUGAGUUUUAGAGGGGAAGAUACCCGCGAUAACUUUGUUGAACCUCUCCGCAAACGCCUAGAAGAGACAGGAAUAAGUGCAUUUAAAGAUGAUGUGAAGGUUGAAAAAGGAAAACCCAUUUCAACACAACUCUUUAAAGGCAUUGAGAGCUCAAGAUAUGCCGUUAUCGUCUUCUCCGAGAACUAUGCUUCAUCCACCUGGUGCUUAGAGGAACUCACCAAAAUCAUAGAAUGCGUCGAAACGAAGGGACAGAAAGUCUUGUUGGUCUUCUAUAACGUUGAGCCAUCUGAUGUACGCAUGCAAAGUAAUAGCUUCGCUAGAGCGCUGGUCCAGCUUGAGGCAGAUUUGCAGGAACAUGAUACUGAUUAUUGGGUAAAAAUACAGAGGUGGAAGGAUGCUCUACGCAAAGCACCCAAUUUCGCAGGACCAGAUGCUCGUAAAACUGUCAAAGGGGAUGAGGAAAAAUGUAUUGAACUAAUUGUGAAGGAGAUUUAUCGCUGUGAGGAAGGGGGAGUUUCAACCAUUGUAAAAUAUCGAUUGGGAAUUGAAUCCCGUGUAAAUAAAGUCGAGUCAUUGUUGAAGGUUGGAUUAGAUGUUGCUCAUUUUCUUGGGAUAUUUGGAAGGGCUGGUGUAGGGAAGACAACGGUUGCUAGAGCAAUUUUUGACAAGAUUUCUAGUCAGUUUGAAGGGUCUUGUUUCCUUGCAAAUAUUAGGGCGGUUUCAAAAACCGAAGGCCUAAAGUAUUUGCAAGAGAGUCUUCUUUUACAAAUCUUAGAGUGCCAACAUUCAGACCUGCAUCUAACAAGUGUUGAUGAAGGAGUGGAAAUGAUAAGAACAAUGCUCCGUUCCAAGAAGGUUUUAAUUGUUCUCGAUGAUGUGGACGACGAUAAGCAAUUGGAAUGUUUAGUUGGAAAGCAUGAUUGGUUUGGUGAUGGCAGUAGAAUCAUUACAACAACUAGAAAUGCAGAUUUACUUUGUAGCCACAAUGAGUUAUAUUCUGUCCCUGAAUUGGCUAGACAUGAGGCUCUUGAACUUUUUAGUUGGUAUGCCUUUCAGCAAGGGUCUCCUAAUAAAGAGUAUGAAAAGCUCUCUUGUUGUAUAGUAAAUUAUGCCUGUGGUCUACCCUUAGCUCUUGAGAUCCUGGGUUCUUUCCUCUACAAACGAGGCAUGAAAGAGUGGACAAGUGCAAUAGAAAGACUCGAAGAUACUGGAGGAGACGAGAACAUUGUUAAGCAACUCAGCUUAUGUCUAGAUGGAUUGGACAACGAAGACAAGAAUAUAUUUCUUUAUAUUGCAUGCUCCUACAAAGGAAAGAAGAAAGAUGAUGUGAUAAAGAUACUGAAUAAGUUUGGCUUCAAAUCAGAAAUUGGAAUAAACUUCCUUGCAAAAAAAUUACUUUUAUAUAUUUCUGAAGGAAGGAUUGAGAUGCAUGAUUUAAUAGAACAGAUGGGUCAGCAAGUGGCGCAUGAUGUUGAUCAGGACAAGCUAUGGGAUCUGUGGCUUGAUAGUUACAUAAAUGCUGUUUUUCUAGCACAUCAGAUCUCGAGAACUAUAUUCCCCAUAGCUUCCCAAAACAAAUUGGCCCAAAUAUGGAAAUAUGAUGUCUUCUUGAGUUUUAGAGGGGAAGAUACCCGCAGAACUUUUACUGCCCAGCUCUACGCACGUUUGGAAGACAAUGGAAUUUACACAUUUAAAGAUGAUAUGGAACUUGUAAGAGGAAGAGACAUUGCAACAGAAUUGUUGAGAAGUAUUCAGGAGUCAAGAAUUGCCAUUAUCAUAUUCUCAAAGAACUAUGUUGCAUCCAAAUGGUGCUUGGAAGAACUCAUUCAGAUCAUGGAGUGCGUUGACAACAAAGGAACAACAGUCUUCCCUGUCUUCCUUGAUGUUGAGCCAUCGGACGUACGCAAGCAAAAAAAUGGAGUUGCUGAAGCAUUUGCCAGAUGGAAAACUAGUUCUGGUUUUGAGAAAGUGCUGCGGUGGAAGGAGGCUUUGCAAAAUGCAGCCAAUAUAGCAGGAUGGCAUGUUCCUAAGACUGCCAAUGGGGACUUGGCAGAAUGUAUUAAGCUGAUAGUCAACCAGGUUGCUUGGAAUCUGAAUGCAACAAGGAAAUUCACAGUUGAAAGUUGAAUUGGGUAGCAUGCAGAAGACAACUGUUGCAACAGAGAUAUUUGACAUGCUCUCUUGUCAAACUUGAAGGUCCUCGAUAAUCUGUAUUGUACUUGAUCUCCUUCACAAAUUUUAGUAGAACAGUGACGUUGAUGCAAUGAAAAGUUUAAGUGAUAAUUUUUCUCAAUUGAUCUUGUUAUAUUCAUUAAUGUCUCUCAUGAGCUGCAGCCUGCAGGCACACAUGAACACAAACUGAUCGAUGAGCAUUGGCGAUAUAACUUUCUUGUCUAGAGAUUGUUAUAUUGAAGGAACAGUGGUGGCUUGCCUAGA